UAAUUUUGAGUGAUUUUGUAUUUACUACAUACGUUGGUAAUGGUAUCUACAUUUUCCGUAAAUAAAAAAACAGAGCAGUUUUGGGAAAUUGGUUCUUUGAUUUGAUCUCUCGGGUCUAGAGAGGGGGAAUUCCAGAUCCUCUCCCUGAUUGACUCGGGAUACAGAUUUUUUUUAAUUGUUUAUUUAAUUUAAAUAAUAUUAAAUUUCUCUUGUGUGAUUUGGGUGAGAACUGAGAACUGAGGGUAUCUAAAUUCUGAAAAAAAAGAAAAGAGAUGAGCUGUUUUUCUUGUCUUUUUUCUGGUCGGAAAGAUGUCAGCAGAGUCGAAGUUGAUAAUGGCUCUCGAUCUACUACUACUUCUACAGGGGAUGGGAGAGUGAAAGCUGCUGCCUCUACUGAGGGUGAAAGGAAGAAAGAAUGCUCGGAGUCAGGGAGCAGUAGCAAAAGCAAUAAUAAGGCAGCAGCUAGUUUUGGUUUUCGAGAGCUUGCAGAGGCAACAAAGGGUUUUAAGGAAGUGAACUUGAUUGGGGAAGGUGGUUUUGGAAGGGUUUAUAAGGGUCGUCUCCCAACAGGCGAGGUUGUUGCCAUAAAACAAUUAAGUCAUGAUGGUCAUCAAGGUUUUCAGGAAUUUGUUAUGGAGGUUCUUAUGUUAAGCCUGCACCAUCAUUCUAAUCUUGUUAAGUUAAUUGGAUACUGCACUGAUGGAGAUCAAAGGCUUUUGGUUUAUGAAUAUAUGCCUAUGGGUUCCCUGGAAGAUCAUCUUUUCGAUCUUAACCAAGACAAAGAACCCCUAAGUUGGAGUGUUCGAAUGAAGAUUGCUGUUGGAACUGCUCGGGGCCUUGAGUAUCUCCACUGUAAAACAGAUCCUCCUGUUAUCUAUAGAGACUUGAAAUCUGCGAACAUCUUAUUAGACAGCGAAUUCAACCCAAAACUGUCAGAUUUUGGGCUUGCUAAACUUGGACCUGUUGGAGACAAUACCCAUGUUUCAACCAGAGUGAUGGGAACAUAUGGCUACUGUGCGCCAGAGUAUGCCAUGAGUGGCAAAUUAACUCUCAAGUCUGAUAUCUACAGCUUUGGUGUGGUUUUGCUGGAGUUGAUCACUGGACGUAGGGCAAUAGAUGCUGGUAAAAGACCAGGAGAGCAAAACUUAGUUUCCUGGUCUCGCCCAUUUAUAAGUGACCGGAGAAAGUUUGUACAAAUGGUUGACCCUCUUUUGCAAGGACACUUCCCCAUGCGCUGCUUGCAUCAGGCAAUUGCUAUAACUGCUAUGUGUCUCCAGGAGCAACCAAAGUUCCGUCCACUUAUUGGUGAUAUUGUUGUUGCACUGGAGUACUUAGCUUCUCAGAGUAUCUCUGAAGUCCAUAGACAUGGUGUGCCCCGCCCACAACUGCAACCACCUCAAGAAAUAGACAGAGAUUAAUUUUCGUAGGUAUCAGAUUCUAGCUUGAGUUUCAUUUCUUCCGAUGAUUUUGUGUACACAUUUCCUUAUCAGUUUGAUCAGUGUAAGCUACCAACUUGCCUAUUUCGAAUGUUAAGUGACAUUACUUUAGUUAACUUAUUGUUGGCACAGCAGUAGUGAAGAUAAACUUCUUGUUAUACCAGUAGUGAACAUUCGUUUUUCUUGAUUGCUCAAGU